AUGACAUCCCAAUCCCAUCCCAGCACCCGUCCCAACACGGAGAAACACUCCGACCCCGACCCCAUCGCCUACGAAGCAGAGGUAUACCAGCGCGGACUGCAGUACCAGCGCCCCCCGUUCACCUUUAAGCCUCUAGAAUGGGAACACCUCGCUGCGGAGCGCAUGUCUGCCGACGCAAGGGGCUAUGUGCUCGGGUGCGCGGGGACGGGCGAGACGGCGCGCAAGAAUAGGGAGGCUUUUGGGAAAUGGUCUAUUGUGCCGCGGCGAUUAGGGUUAGGUCGGUCCCGGUCCUUAAAAAGUAAAGAUGGGGAGAAGAGCGAAAGGGGAGAGAAUCAGGGAAAGGUGUUCCCGGACCUCUCCGUCAAUGUACUGGGUAGAACCCUCCCGUACCCUAUCGCCUGCGCACCCGUCGGCGUCCAGAAGAUCAUGAAUCCCGACGGGGAGAUAGCGGCUGCCAGAGCAGCGGCGCGGGAAAGGGUCCCGUUUAUACUGAGCACGGCGAGUAGUUCUAGUAUCGAGGAUGUGGCGCGGGCGAGUGAUUCGGGGGUGGGAGAUGGGGGGAGGGCGGAGAGGUGGUUCCAGUUGUAUUGGCCGGCGAGGGAACAUGAUGAUAUUACCUUGUCGUUGCUGGGGCGAGCGACAAGGGCUGGGUUUGGGGUGUUGGUGGUUACGCUGGAUACGUAUAUAUUGGGGUGGAGGCCGAGUGAUAUGGAUAAUGGAUAUAAUCCCUUCCUCCGCUCCGACCAAGUCGGUAUCGCUAUUGGGCUCUCGGACCCGGUGUUCCAAGCACACUUUAGGGAGAAACACAAUGGUCUCUCUGUCAACGAUGACCUAGGCGCCGCGGCAGCAGAAUGGACACGGACUAUCUUCCCAGGCACAAUUCACACGCUCGAUGACGUGGCCUUCCUGCGUGAGCACUGGGACGGCCCCAUCGUACUCAAGGGCAUCCAGAGCGCAUCCGACGCGCGUGAGAUCGCAGCCUCAGGACUUGUAGACGGGAUCGUAGUGAGCAACCACGGAGGACGACAAGCAGACGGUGGCAUGAGUUCCCUAGGAGCACUAAAGGGAAUUGUAGACGCCGUACACGCCGUCCACGCCGUCAACACCUCUACUCCCAACUCAGAAACCGACAGCGCAGAAAAGGGGAACAGGAAACUCCAAAUCCUCUUCGACUCGGGGAUCCGCAGCGGCGCGGACGUGGCCAAGGCGCUUGCUCUCGGCGCGGACAUGUGCCUCGUCGGACGGCCGUACGUCUACGGGCUGGUGCUCGGGGGCGAGGAGGGCGUUGCGCAUGUGCUGCGGAGCUUGCUGGGGGAUCUGGAGCUUACGCUGCAUUUGUCGGGGAUAGGGUCCGUGGGGAAGGGGGAUUUGAAUGGGGGGGUGCUUGUUAGGGAGGAUGAAUUGUUUUAG